CAGCGAGUGAGCGAACUAUGGAGAAGCUUCGGAAAAGCAAGACGCUGAAGAAGCUAAGACGCUGUUUGGAGGGUCGAAGCGAACGGGACGUGGUCCCGGCAGACCGCGCUCCCCCGUCUCGUCAAGAUGUGACGUCGUGGAGGGUUACGGGCGACCGAGUGUUGUCCACGCCACUAUCGUCAUCUUUCUGGAGUUCUUUGCCUGGGGUCUCCUCACUUCACCUACCAUUGAGGCGUUAAAGACUGCGUUCCCUACAGGAACAUUCCUAAAGAACGGCAUCAUUCAGGGAAUAAAGGGACUGCUGUCUUUUCUCUCGGCUCCUCUAAUUGGAGCCCUCUCGGAUGCCUGGGGAAGAAAGUCAUUUCUACUUCUGUCGGUUUUCAUGACGUGUGCCCCAAUCCCCAUACUUCUCUUCAGUCCAGUAGCUUACUUUGUGGCGGUGGCUAUUUCCGGUGUAUUUGCAGUGACGUUCUCAAUCGUGUUUGCCUAUGUUGCAGACUGUACCAUCGAAGAUGACAGAAGUUCAGCAUACGGCCUGGUAUCGGCAACCUUUGCAGCUAGUCUCGUGAUAAGCCCGGCUCUGGGGACGUGGAUUGAAGACCACACCCAUGGACAGGCACAGGUGAUCCUCCUUGCCACCAUGAUCACCAUCUUCAACCUCGUCUUCAUCGUGUUCAUGGUCCCCGAGUCACUGCCGGAGAAAUCUCGCAAGGCCUCGUGGGGCGCCCCCAUCACUUGGGAACAGGCUGACCCUUUUGCGGCGCUGAGGAAAGCCACGACAGACUGGCGUCUCCUCCAUCUCUCUGUGGUCGUGUUCCUCUCCUACCUCCCCGAGGCCGGCCAGUACUCCUGCUUCUUUCUCUAUCUCAAACAGGUCCUCGCGUCUCUCAUGUAUGCCUUUAUUUUCUGUCCUUUUACUUCUCUCUCCCUCCUCCCUCUCCCUCCUCCUCUCUCUCCCUCCUCCCUCUCCUCUCUCUCCCUCCUCCCUCCUCCUCCCUCUCCUCUCUCUCCCUCCUCCCUCUCCUCUACCAACCAGGUGGUGGGGUUCUCUCUCGGUCAAGUUGCAAUAUUCAUUGCAGUUCUGUGUGUCACGUCGGUCGUGGCCCAGACGGCUGGACUAACGCUCCUCAUGUCUCUCGUUGGGAACAAAUACUGCAUUAUAGUCGGUCUGUUCUUGCAGGCCACACAACUCGUCAUCUACGGCAUAUCGACCAGUACUUGGCUGAUGUGGGUGGCAGGAAUGCUGGCAGCGUCAGCCAGUAUCAUAUAUCCAGCCAUCAGUGCGAUGGUCAGCAGGAAUGCUGAGCCUGAACAGCAGGGAGUUGUUCUUGGAAUACUCACUGUUUUGGACUGCCUUUUCUUUGUACUGUGUACAUUUCUCAUCGAUGAAGAUAUCAGAUCAUUUCUCAUGGAUGCAGGCAUCAGAGGGUUGUGUAACGGACUGGGUCCAGCUCUGUUUGGUCUACUGUUCUGGUUGAGUGAUGUUCACCUCAGUGACUCCAGUGUCAACAUUGACCCUGCACUAGCUGGGGCUCAGGCCACUGAUAUUCCUGCUAAGACCAACACCACUGCUGCCUCGAUCCCUCAUCUUGACAAGGAGAACCGGCUAUUUCUUGGCAUCCCAUUCCUAAUCGGAGCAUUCCCCGUCUUCCUAGCUCUCCUGGUGGCCUUCUGCAUCAAAGACAAACCAACAACCAUAAGGAAAUCUCCCUCAGAAGAACUAAUUCCUCUUAGAGAGACACCUCACAGACACUUACGUAACUCUGUCAGCUAACCAAUAUUUUUUAUUUAUCACCCGCUGAAAAUUUUCUCUUUCUAGGGUCCCAUCUAAAUUG